GCUCUGCGUGCGCUAUACCAACUAGUCAGCCCCCUCCAGCCGUGCGCGCCCAAGAGACAGACACCACACAUCGAGCGCUGUCUACGCACCAACAGCCGAGAUUGCUACCCUCCCCAGCCCAACGCUGCCAGACUGCCAGUAGCUCCGACCAUGCGCGCGCCCGCAGCGGAGCGAUAAGCCCUGGUCCUGCUGUUUUUGCCCGCGGCUAGCUGAGACGGCCGCCACGACAUGGAACCGGCUCUGCAAUGGCCGACCAGUCCGAGCCCGAACGGAGCCCUGCCGCCGACGGCAGCUCCAGCGAUGAGGAGACGGUGAAGGAUGCUGGCGAGGGCGGCCACCUGGCGGAGCUGCUCGCCGAGGAGAGGGAGCAGGCCAGAUACGAGCAGCCCCCUGCCCCCGUGGGCAAUGGCGCCGCUGCCCAUCGCUAUCACGCGCUGCUCGAGGCCCAGCACGAGGCUCCGUCCGACGAUGGGUCGGCCGACGGCCUGCCCAGAAGAGUCGCCAGUCCUGUCGACUCCCUGCUCUCGGUCCCUGGUGCCUCCCCGUCCGUCCAGGGAUCCGUCUUGUCGUCGCCGACCAGCAGUGUCCUCCGCUCCGCUGCCUCGAGGCCCGCGAUUGGCAGCCCCAGCCCUUCCUUCAGGCCCUUCGACCGUCGGUUCCAGUCCCGGAUCGCCUCACCGAGCGGCCUCACCCCGCGCCCUUCCUCGCCCGGCUUCCUCUCGCCCCACAGUCGCAAUGUCUCCCUGAACAGCCAGUUCGUGCUGGACCAAGCCGAGACCGAGACCUCGUCGCCGCCCUGGGAGGUCGUGCGCUGGACCAAACUCAGGAAGCUGACCGGCCAGGCCUUCUCCGAGGCCGGCAAGAGGAACUUUGGCGCGCCGACCUGCCUCGCCGUGUCGGCGUCCAUCGUAUUGGGCACGUCCAAGGGCAUAAUAUUAAUGUUUGAUUACAACCAGAACCUCAAGAUGAUCAUUGGACCUGGCACCAAAGCCGUCGAGUCGGGCGCCAUUACUUCCAUCGCCGUGUCGGCAGACCACACCACCAUCGGCGGCGGCCACGCCGACGGCACCAUCUUCACCUGGGACACGUCCCGGGCGUCCCGGCCCUUUCUCCAUAUCCCGCCCCUGACCCCCGCGCAGCUGCAGAACCGCACCGCCGACGGGCACGUGCCCAACGUCUCCAUCACACACCUCGGCUUCUUGGGCACGAGGCACACGGCACUCGUGUCCUCCGACGACAGGGGCAUGGCCUUUGCGCAUCUGGCAACUAGGGGCACUGGACCCCUGGGCCGCACAGUCAGGACCUCCCGCAUCUUGGGUCGAUACCCGGGGUCGAAGCCGCCCCCUGGGAAGCCGCUCAAGCCCAGCACAGUCCUGGCCUUUGCACCCCUCCCGCUGGCCAACAUCGACCGCGCCACCGACUCGAUGGGCUUGACGGCCAUGCUGACUCCUUACCUCCUGGUCAUCGUCUCUACGACCCCCGUCGCGCAGACCCAGCACAAAUCUCCCAGGCCCAAGGAGGUGACGCCACACAGCGCCAUGAGCGGAUGCCUCGCUUGGUUCCCCGCCGUCAAGCUCAAGGUGCCCGACCCCAAGACGGGCAGCCAGACGUCCAAGGUGAAGCUAGUGUACUGCUGGUCCAACGUCCUGACCGUCUUGGACGUGGACGAAAUCCCGUCCGAGACCAAGGACAAGCCGCCCAGCCUCAGCUUCAGGGCACGGAGCAGAUGGAAGUGCGAAGAGGCCAUCGUUGCUGUCCAGUGGCUCAGCCGGUCCGUUCUCACCGUCUUGACCAUCACGCAACGCCUCAUUGUGCUCGAGGACCAGACCAUGCGCAUGACGGACGGGUUCGACCUGCUUAAUAAGCACAUCUACCACGCAGACUUGUUCUCGAAGCAGCUCUACUCGCUGGUUGAGCAGCACGACGAGGAUGACACGACCAUGCAUGGCGUCGUCGCCGACUGCUUCUCCAUGAGCUUCAAGGCGUACAAGGGGCGCAUCUUCCUCAUGGGGUUCAACGACGUGUCCAUUGGCGCCCUGUCCAACUGGGCGGACCGGCUCAUUGCGCUGAUGGAGCAUGGGGACUACAUUGCUGCCAUCCAGCUUGCCACAUCAUACUACACUGGCGACUCGGACAAGCUCACCAUUGGCCUGCCCGACGACGCAAAACUACGGCACGACAUGGUGCGGGAGAAGCUGAUGGAGAUCAUUUCUGCGUCUCUAAAGUACGCCUUUGGCCAACGCAAGAAGAAGGCGGCUGGGGCCAGCAACCACCACCUUCGCGAGCUCGCCAAGACGUGCUUCAUUGCCUGCCAGAGCGUUGGGGACACCGAUUUUCUGUUCGAAGACAUGUACGAGUGGUACCAAGACGCCGAGACCGAGGGCAUCUUUCUCGAAACGUUGGAGCCCUGUAUUCUGGACAAGUCCAUCCGCUCCGUACCGCCUACGGUUGUCAAGGCCAUGGUGACGCAUUUUGUGAGCCAGGGGCUUGAGAGCCGGCUCGAAGAGGUCCUUUGCCACAUGGACACGGCCACCCUAGACCUUGACCAGGUCACUCUGCUGUGCAAGCAGCAUAACCUAUACGAUGCCCUGAUAUACGUCUGGAACCAGGCCAUGUUUGACUUUAUAACUCCACUCACGGAUCUCUUGGCGCUGCUGCUCCCGCUGAUGAAGAAGGGAGAGUACGCGCCGUCGGGCGAGCCCAUGGAAGAGAUCUAUGCGGUGAACGUGCUCAAGAUGUUUCCCUACCUUUCAUACGCCCUCACGGGGCGUGUCUAUCCCACCGAGGAUCCGAUGCCAAACCCGGUCGUCCAGCAGGCCAAGGCAGAGAUAUACUGGUUUCUCUUCUCUGGCAAGAGCAUUACCUGGCCGAAAGGAAGCACGCACCGUCUCACAACGAGACCAGAUCUACCACAGGAACCACCCUUCCCCUACCUGCGCAUGAUCCUCAAGUACAACGCACCGGACUUUCUCAGCUGCCUGAACGAGGCCUUCGAGGACUCAUUCCUGAACGACUCGCCCGACAAGACACUGAACGGAAGCGCCGGCAAGGAGCUGUCCGAAGAGCAGGUGUUCGGCUCCACAGUUGACCGGCAAUACAUCGUCUCGAUUCUCACCGAAAUCAUGAACCCCGCCGACUUUUCUCUCGAAGACACGAUAUACCUCGACAUGUUCAUCUCCCGUAACCUGCCGAAAUACCCACAGUAUCUCCUGCUUCCCGGCUCGACGCUCACCAACGUCCUGACAGGGCUCUGCAACUACCCCGGAGAGGACUUGGCCGACGACGCGCAGCUUAGUGCCGAGUAUCUACUCUCGGUGUACCACCCACCUGACAUUUCAUCACUCAUCCCGCUUCUCAAGAAAGCGGGCUUCUACCGUGUGCUCAAACGCAUCUACAGGACGGACCAGCAGUACGGGCGGCUGAUCAGAACGUACUUUGAAGACCCAUCGGAUAGGGAUGAGGUCUUUGAGUGCAUCUCUGACUGCCUGCGCUCUCAGACUGGCGCUACAGGGCGCCUAACAAAACGACAGCUCCAAGAUGUGCACGAAGUGGUGAAGGAGUACGCACGAGACCUGGUAGAGCUGGAUCCGGGACGCGCAGCAUCGGCGGUGGAGGCGGGCGCGCCGGAGCUGCACCGCCACCUCCUGGCAUCUGUGGAAGACGAACCAGGGCUGCAACACGCCUACCUAAGAACGAUACUGGAGCCCGGGAGGCAGCGGUCCGACCGUGGAGAUGGUCAAGAAGAGGCGCUGCCUGCCGAGGAAAUGCUCAGGCAAGGAGGCAGUGGCGCGGCGGCGGACAGGGACCUGAUCGAGCAGUAUAUUCGGCUGAUGUGCCAGUUCGAGCCUGCUCACGUGUCCGACUACGUGGGGCUGGUGCAGUCGACCAAUCUCCGGCUGGAGACGUUGCUGCCCACGAUGGAGGAGAUGGGGGUCAUCGACGCGGCCAUCGUGUUGAUGGCUCGCGAGGGGCAGAUCCCCCAGGCCAUGGAGCGCCUGAUCAAACACCUGCAAACACUGGAGUCGGCUUUUAGGGGCCUGCUCUCCGGAGCUGCAUCUUCGCCGAUAGAUCAGGCCAGAACUCUCAACGGCGAUUAUGCGUCUGUGAGCGACCUGCACGAGUCUGCAGAGGGGCUCAUGGACGCUGCUAGGAAGUACGUCUACGUUGGCAUCUGGCUUUGUCAGGGGCAGACAAAGAUGGCGGCACGGGGCAAGCAAAAGGCGGCGACCGAUGAACUCUCACCGGAGGAGUCCAUGUGGCUAAGUCUAGUAAACGCCUCGGUGCACAUGACGCAAUCGAUCUCCUCUCUUGUGCCCGACACUGCUCCCUUGGUACAAGGCGGCGGGGGAGGUGGGCAGGAGGACGGGGCUGGGCGUCAGACACUGGACACGGAUAAACUCGUCGGGUUCCUCCGCUCACUUGUACAGCACACGUUCACAGCGCUGCUUACUGCGACGUCUACACCCACAGCAGGUGUUGGCGGCGCCAAUGCUUCGAAGCCCGGGGCCCCUGGCGCAGCGGCGACGGCGGGCAACAAUAUCAGAAGAUCCUCGACCGCGCCCGGGAACAACCUCUCGUUUCUGCGCAUCCUCCGUGCGUUCCUGACGCAGGCUGCGGCGAGCUCGCCGAGUCUGGCGGAGUUGCGUGGCGUGUUGGCCUCCAUCUUCUCGGCAUACGCGUAUGAAGAGUCCAUACUGCGGCUGUCGGGCCGGCUACUGGAGCGCAGCCUGUUCUCAAGCGUCUCGCACGCCGUGGCGCUCCGGCAGCGCGGCUGGAGACCCCGCGGCUCGACUUGCGAGGCGUGUGGGCGACGGGUCACGGGGCCCGGAGUAGCGGGCUCCAGCGUGCUCGAAGCCUGGGAGGAGCGCGAGGAGAGGGAGGCGAUCAGGCGAGAUCUGAAGAGGAAGGCGCUCGCCAUGGCCGCUGGAGCGGCGGGUUCUAACGGCGACGGCAGCGGAGUCGGCAUAAGCGUGGGAGACUUGGACGGGGGCGGGACCGGCGCCAGCACCAGCAGCAGUUAUGCAUACUUUAACACGGACCACGCUGCAGAUGUGAGCGCGGCAGGCGGUGGCAAGGGCAAAGGCAAGGCGGCGGAGCCGGCACGGCCGCGCGGAGAGUUCCAGGUCCGUGAUGAGCCCGAGGGCGACGCUGGGGCUGCGGCGGCGGGUCAGGGGGAAGCUGGUGACGAUUCCGCCGCGGCGAGGGGCUUUGCCACGCCCAGCCCCACGGUCGGCACCAAGCCCGCGGCGGUGUUCGGCCCCAGCAGGGGCGGCAGGCGAGAGAAGGACCAGCCGUUGGGGCCGCUCGUGGUGUUGGCCUGCCGGCACAUCUACCACCAGUCCUGUCUCGACGCGCUGCAUGACGACGCCGGCGGCAGCAGAGAAACCGAGGACGAGGAGUUCCCAGGCAGUCGGGGCGUAUUCAAGCGAUACAGAUGUCCCAUUGACGGCUAAGGAAGGAAAGGGGUUGUGAGGGGGGGGGGAGCAUAUUCCCAUGACAAAACAUUACCGCUAAAUGCACACAAAAUAACGCCAGCGUUGGCAAUUGCAUAGACAGAUAUCGGCGCUUCUAAUAUUCAUAUUUAGCCUUGAGUGUUUUAUAGACUGCAACAUGGUGCAUCAGUCGAAUUCCAUGGCAGCUUCAGGGGUCG